AACGUACCUGAUCUCUUUUUGUUUGAUGACCUCUCUGAUGCAGAUGUUAUUUAAAGAAAUAUUAAUUUUUGCAUAAUGGAUUUACGAGAUCUUAUCGCAAAAAAGAGAUUGUCAUUAAAAUCAUGUAAGACAGUGAUAACAGAUCCACUUGGCAAUAAAUAUGAAGUUGAACAUGGCCAAGUAAAGAAACUGGAAAAAAGUUUGCCGUUCGUAGUAGAUGAAAAACCUGAUUUGCAUGUCGCUGAUAUAAUACCAGGAUUGUAUCUCAGCUCCCAAGAUCCAGCGGUUUGCAAUGAUAUAUUAAAAAAAUAUGAAAUACGACAUAUUUUGAGUAUAGGUGUCGAUAUUUCUGAGAAAUAUGUCGACAUUCAGUAUCACACGUGUGACUUGUUAGAUUUGCCGGAAUCGAAUAUAUUACCAUCGAUAAAAAAAUGUGUCGAUAUCAUACGUACGAGUCUGAAAGAAAAUAUUCUUGUGCAUUGUAACGCUGGCGUCUCUCGUUCUGCUAGUAUUGUUAUCGCUUAUUUAAUGAUUGUUAUGAAGUUGUCAUACGAUGAGGCUUAUGAUACAGUGAAAAGGGCGAGAAGUUGUAUUAAGCCUAAUGAUGGAUUCGUGAAACAACUACGUAGUAUUGAGAACACAACCUUUGCUUACGAAUUAUAGUAUGUCGAUAUAUUUCAAACCGUGACAAUUUUUAAGACUGCUUGUACUGUGUCGAUAAAUAAUUUAUUAGCCAUCCGGAAAUCAAUUAAAUUAUUAUUGACAAUAUUUACCGACACCUCUGCCUAAUUUUGGCAUAUAUCUUAUAAUUAGGAACAAAUUUAUUAUGUAUAUAUAUAUAUUUGCAAUUUUACUUAAUUUCUGAGAGUGGAAGAGGAAAAAGGAUGUUUGUACUAGAAAUGGAUAAAUAGAUCAAUGAAUGUAGUAUAUUGUUACAAUAUAAUCCAUGUGUUAUAACGUUAUUUACUUAUAUGUGUACAGAGAAUAUUGUUUCAUGUAAUUACAAUAUAUUUUAUUAUAACUCA